CCUGUCAACCCUAGCCAGCCACCGUUUGCCGAGCCCCUGUAGUGCAUCGUCGUCGACCCGAAGUCUUGGUUCCAGAUCAACGGUAACAAACGCUCUGUUUUACAGGGGAUUUCAGUUAACUCUUGCAUAUUUUGGAUCUGAGCCAUAUAAAUGGCUGAUAAUUCGGGAAAUGAAUCUGGAAGCUCUUCGACCUUGAAAGAAGCCGAGAAACCUCAGAUUCAACCCAUAAGAUUGCCCACAGUUGAGGAAAUUCGUGGUCAAGACAUUUGGAACAAUUGUGCAGUGCGUAGCGUCGUAAGUGGAGUGAUGGGAGGUGGGAUUGGCUUGUUCAUGGGUUUGUUUCUCGGAUCCAUGGACACGCAUCUGAUGGAGGAUGAAAUGACUGGGAGGCAAAAACUAAUAUAUCAAGCAAAGCAGAUGGGACGAAGGAGCUUGAGUUCAGCCAAAGCAUUUGCUGUCAUGGGUUUGAUAUUCUCAGCAGCUGAAUGUGUUGUUGAGAAGGCACGAGCUAAACAUGACACAACAAAUACAGUUGUUGCUGGAUGUGUUACUGGAGGUGCUAUAUCAGCAAAAGGUGGUCCUAAAGCGGCAUGCGCCGGUUGUGCUGGUUUUGCAGCAUUCUCAGUCGUGAUAGAGAAAUUUCUAGAGGGCCAUGAUUAAGUUAAUUAACUUCAGCCAAGCUUGUUUGAUUUAUUAUCUAGGUUGAAUAGAUUGAAGCUGAGGAUCUUUCGCCCAUCAAUGAAGGGAUUGAAGGGACAUGCUAGGGAGCACACAGAAUUUAGGAUCUUUUUUCACACUCAUAAUUUAUUGUAUACCAUGAUGUCUCUACGGAGAACUCUGAUCUAAAAUGAUACACAUUAGCAAUACUUCCCUUGAGGUUUCCCUGAAAGUCUUAUUUUGGGAAACCUAUUUUACAGUGUUUGGCAUACUAGAUUUGAAGUGAGGUUUACAAGGAAAUUUAAUUUUUGGCGGGAAUGAAGACAUUUGAUUAUUAUGUUUUUGACUUCUUGUAAUCAUUAUUUAAUAAUAUUUAUUUUUUUUAUUUUCAUAA